CAGCAGGAAUUGGACAAAACCUUAUGAAUUUUGAAGGAUCAGCUCCACAGCUCAGCUGCACAGGACGGCCACAUCGCGCAGUUGGUUUUGCAUGACCGCCUCACCAGGGCCCUCGCUCUUCCUCCUGAUUUGGGCGCCAAUAGCUGCAGCAAUUGACAACAAUGGCGCCCGCUGCCAAGAUUGCUCCGUCCAUGCUCUCGUGCGACUUUGCAUGCCUGGCAUCAGAGGCGGAGAGAAUGGAGAAGGCGGGGGCGGACUGGCUGCACAUGGACGUGAUGGAUGGUCACUUUGUCCCCAACCUAACCAUAGGCGCUCCAGUGAUUGAGUCCUUGAGAAAGCAUUCAAGCGCUUUUCUCGACUGCCACAUGAUGGUUAGCAACCCCGCUGACUACGUGGCGCCCUUCAAAAAGGCCGGCGCAUCCCAAUUCUGUUUCCACCUCGAAACAGCCAGAGACACGUGGCCUGAGCUUCUCCGGACCGUGAAGGACGCGGGCAUGCGGGUCGCAGUCGCCAUCAAGCCAGGCACACCCGUCGAAGACGUUUUCCCCCUGGUUGAGCACGACCCUCCUGUCGACAUGGUCCUGGUCAUGACAGUGGAGCCCGGUUUCGGAGGCCAGAAAUUCAUGCCGGAGAUGAUGCCAAAGGUGGAAGUGUUGCGGAAAAAGUACCCAGAACUCGACAUCGAGGUUGACGGAGGGCUCGGGCCGAGCACCAUCGACACCGCGUCCUGUGCCGGGGCCAACUGUAUUGUUGCUGGCAGCUCUGUGUUUGGAUCAUCGGAUCCUCCUGCAACCAUUGCGGCUCUUAGGAAAUCCGUUGUUGGGGCGGCCAACAAGAUUUAGAGAAGACAACAUACCUGCCUUACGACUGAUUGAACGUGUACAUAAUUCCUCUUAGAAACAAGUGUCUAGCGGAAAUUGUACCUUUAUGCCAGCUGCUGCUUGAUACGGGACGGUCGCUCCAUUGAACCGCAAUAACACAAGACCAGGAAUAUCCGACAGAAAGCUCUCGAAGAUUUCAAAUCAGGUCGGUGUCACUAUUCAGCGUAAGGCUGCAGCUGGCUCGUUUUUAUGAUGCGACUAUCUUUCACUGCAGACGUCUUUCAACGGUGUGUCCGUCCAGCUACGAUCUCUCGGACUCAUUCUACGAAUGCAAGUUUUAUGUACAGCCUUCGACCGACCAAACGUCAUCUCAAAUCAAG